AUCCUAGACUAUAGCCACAGGGCCAUACCGAGUCCAGGUGGGAGAAUGAGCAUCACUGUGUUACCACUCCGUGAUACCCUCUGGCAGAGGUCAGUGAGCAACAGGAGCCUCAGAUCAGGACAGAUAGGAGCAGGGGAGCAGCUGCGAUGGCUUCAGGAAUCCUGAUGAACGUAAAGGAGGAGGUGACCUGCCCCAUCUGCCUGGAGCUGCUAACAGAACCCAUGAGCCUGGACUGUGGGCACACAUUUUGCCAAGCCUGCAUCACUGCAAACAACAGGGAGUCCAUGAUUGGCCAAGGAGAGAGCAGCUGCCCUGUGUGCAGGAUCAGUUACCAGCCUGAGAACUUGCGUCCCAAUCGACAUGUGGCCAACAUUGUGGAGGCGCUUAGGGAGGUCAAGUUGAGCCCACAGGAGGAGCAAAAGAGAGAUCUCUGUGUGCACCAUGGAGAGAAACUCCUGCUCUUCUGCCAGGAGGAUGAGAAGAUCAUUUGCUGGCUUUGCGAGCGGUCUCCAGAGCACCGUGGUCACCACACCUUCCUCAUAGAGGAGAUUGCCCAGAAGAAUAAGGAUGUGAAAGGCACUGUGAAAAGGAGUAAGACCUUCACUCUGAAGAAGCCAAAAACUCUCUCCAGGAAGCUAAGGAAAGUGUUUCAAGCUCCUGACCUGAGAGGGAUACUGGAAACGUUUAAUGAACUGGCAGAUGUGCGACGCUCCUGGGUACACGUGACCCUGGAUCCUCCCACGGAUAAAUCAGAUAUUAUCAUUUCUGCGGAUCGGAGACAAGUGAAGUCUGCCUUUUAUUUGAGAACACAUUAUUUGUAUCAGAAAGACAAUGAUGAGGAUGAUGGUGUCCUGGGGUCACCUCCUAUCACAUCAGGAAAACAUUACUGGGAGGUGGAUGUGUCAAAUAAAUAUGCCUGGGUUUUGGGGGUAUAUGGUGAAGAAUGUCUGGACUCCAAUAUGAUGGAUUUUGUAAAACAAGAUAAAAAACAUCAGCAUGUUUGGUCUCAAUAUCAACCUAAAUAUGGCUACUGUGUUAUAGGGCUGAAGAACCAUUCUGAAUAUAAGGCUUUUGUGGAUAUUGCCUCCUCUGACUCCACGACCUUAAACCUGUACCUGAGUGUUCCUCCCCGUCGUGUUGGGGUUUUCCUAGACUAUGAUGCUGGCACUGUCUCAUUUUUUAACAUCACUAACCAUGGGUUUCUCAUCUAUAAAUUCUCUUCAUGUUCCUUUUCUCAGAAAAUGUUUCCGUAUUUCAAUCCUAUGAAAUGCACUGCCCCCAUGACACUGUGUUCUCCAGGUUCUUAAA